AUGCUGUUUACACUUAUGUACUUCGCUAUUACCAUUCGUACCUCGUUAAGAUUUAGAUCAAUAAGAAAUAGCAUCAAACAAAUACUGACCGAUCGCUACGCUGUCAGCUUUUACACUACAUCUAAUGGUGAUUCGACGGCGGAACUCAAUUCUCCCGAUGCAUCAUGUGCGGCUAACCUGUCCUCCUGUAUCUGGUAUUUACCCGAUCAGCGAGGUUGUCUUGUGUAUCCAGUACGACGGAUAAUAUUGUCCGAUUGGUUUAGCGUUCCGGAGCAACUAAAGACACAGCUUGAAUGUCAGGUCGGCAAUCCGAGCGACGAACUCGUUGAACUGAUCGUGACACUGGAAGGAGCGGUUUCUCCAACGCAACCAGAACGACAAGAAGACUCCACCGUGAUGUUGAGUCAAUUUGGGCGGUUUUUAGCAUGGAGAAAUCGCAACGGUCGAAGCAUGGAAGUUUUGCUUGAAACCGAUGCAACAAGAUUGUUUCAGCUGAUUGUAGCAACGUUUGGAAGUGGGCGAUUUGAUGUCGAUUGUGGACGAUUGAAACUGGUCCAAUUAGAGAGUGUUGAAACGUCGGGCGAGCAGAUGUCUUUCGAAGAGUGUAAUACCUCAGGCGGAUUGUUACUGAAGUCUAGUGAAAAAAGUCUUCGAACGGAUGCUUGGCUUACGGAUCUUCUUGAGCUUGAGCGGCUGGAUACCGAAUGUCGUCCCAUGAGCUACCCCACUGUUGGAGUACAACCGGAUAUAAUUUCUUCUAAUGACAUUAAGAUUUCUUUGGAAACGAUAGAUGGCACUGUACUUUCCAGCCAAAGUCGUGCUGAUUUACUCUCGAGCGGAAGCAAUUCCCGCAACCGGUCCCAGUUGGACCUUACUGAUGGUUUAACUCCUGUAAAUGGUCACGGCCAUACUGGCUACACCAUGGAAGACCCUGAAGAUGCUACUAUAUCUAGAAGCACAACGGAAGAAUUGGUGGAAAAGCACACUGACAAAGAUUCGUCAAUAGGUGGUACAACUAUUGCUAGGAUGAUGCACAAUGAUGAAGAAGAACAACCAGAUGUGGCUGCUCCACCGUUGCUAGAUGCAUUUGAUAUUAAAGACACACCGACACCGACAACUAUUGAACCACCGCAAGCGACUGUAGUAAUAAGUUCUAACGGAACGGCAAAACAUCACGAUGAACCACUUAAAGCCAAAACGAAUCCAUCACCAUUACCAAGUCCGGUGACGGCAAAGCACGAAGCGACCGUAAUACCAACAUCGAAGUCAGUACGCUCAUUGCGUAAAAGUUCAUUCCCAUCUAGCCGGUUAAGGCUGGGAACCGGUCAAGCAGGCGUUGUCUCGAAACCACCGAAUAUUCUAGUUCAUUCCGAUAGCAGUUCAACGAUGGAAUACGUCAUUGCAACCUUAAACAACCUGCUAGAACCGAACACGUACACCAUCUAUCCGAUUACAACGGGGCAAGCAAUAGCAAGCAGCUGGCAGCAAAGCACGGUACUGAUCAUUGUUGCCGGAUCACUUGAUACGGAAGUGCGGAAGAUUUUGCUGGAUUACUUCCUGCAUGGAGGGCUUGUUUUUAGCUUGUGCUCGGAUAUGCUCGACAUUAUACUGCCCGAUUCAAAAACAGCAGAAAUCCGUGAACGUGAAUUGGUUAGCUUUUCGUAUCGCAAAUGGAAACAAAUUAAGAUGCUGCAUCACAUUUUCUGUUAUCAGCUGUCCCCGGCCAAGAAGCAGUUUUCGCUAGAAUCGGAAGAAACAUCCACCUUGCUGCCAAUAUCGUAUGUGGAUGUUACCGAUCGCAAAGGAAAGCCGCAUUCACUUGCAGUGGAGAUUUUGGCUCAGGAGGAAACAUGGAAUACACCCAGCAUUCUGGAGGCGCACAACAGGAAAACGGGCGGUAGAGCCAUUUUUUCUCAGAUACAUCUUGAGCUGGACCCUUCCCAAUUCCAAUCCAACAUCGAUGGUGCGGACAAUUCACUGCAAAAUUCAAACCAAUUGCGAUACGAAAUAUUAAGCGACCUUUUGGGAAGUCGGAUUGGGCUAAAGCUGCAUGAGCAAAAGGGGGGUUCGAACGAGACGAUCGUCUACAAAAAUUCCUACUUCCUUGGAAAACAUGAGGCAAAAGUAGCGAUGCUUGAAUUGCUGCAAAGUACCAUGAGCCGUCCAAAUGUAAUUCAAACAACGGAACUUACGCUGCAGUUUUGUGGCAAAGGAGAUAGCACACCUGUUCCAGCAUCCGAUUCACAUCUCCCAGUGAUGAUAUUUCACUGUCCCGAAGAUUUUUCCACCGUGGAGUACUUUGAGAAUUUAACAACGCACAAGAUUGGCCGUAUUGGAAUUUACGCACCAAUCAUGACCAGUUCCAUGCAGAUCGUGUCCAACUUGACUUUGGCCCACGGUUUCAUGGUGAUUGCACGCUAUCAAACGAAGGGAAAGGGUCGAAAUAAUAACCAGUGGCUAAGUCCUCCUGGUUGUGCCAUGUUUUCUCUGCAGCUACACAUCCCAAUGAACAGCAUGCUUGGUCAACGGUUGCCGAUAGUGCAGCAUCUUGUGGCCGUUUCGGUAGUAUCAGCUGUUUUAUCACUUCCCGGUUAUGAGAAACUAGAUGUAGGGUUAAAGUGGCCUAACGAUAUCUACGCGUACGGUGCAUCAAAACUUGGCGGAAGCAUCUUCAACACGCAGGUCGACGCAACUGUUGCGAUUGUGAAUGUUGGCGUUGGGCUGAAUUUAAACAACAGCAAACCAACACUCUGCUUAAACGAUGUUAUCACACAGUACAAUAACAAACACUCUACCACGCUUCCAUUGCUUUCGUAUGAAAAAACGUUUGCCCUUAUCUUUAACAAGCUGGAAGAAUUGUACGACCGAGUGCAGUGUGAGGGAAUCGAAGUGCUGCAGCAGGAAUACUAUCGGCAUUGGUUGCAUCAGGAUGCGGAAAUUAGCAUGAUCGGAUCGGAAGGUGAGUCGUUGCAGGGCACAAUCAUAGGCAUCGACGAGUACGGCUUUUUGUUAGUCAAGAAACAACCGUCCGGCGAUACCGUGUCCGUGCAUCCGGACGGUAACAGCUUCGACAUGAUGCAGGGACUGAUAGUUCCCAAGUUCAAUUAG